GAGGUCUCAUUUAUGCGUGUAACGAACCUGCGGUUUUGCUUUCCCAGGUAUUUUUUCUAAGUACGGCCCCUCUUUCAUUGACAUUGCUCUUUUUGCAUCGCAUGUCAUGCAGAGAACCGAUCCAUCAGAUGCCUCUUGAUCUUCUCUCAGGCUCCUUGUCCUUCACUCUCUUUGCGGACAACUUCAAGAUCAAGCAUGCCCACCCAGCUCGACUCCUUCAACUGUCCUUUGGCCCAUGGGUCCGUCCUGCAUCUCCCUCAAAGCCCUCCCUCCUCACGAUUCUUCUCGUGGCCCUAUUUCCUGUUUUACCCUGUCCUGUCUCCUUCGUCUGGCUUGUUGCUGCUGUUGUCGCACUCCAUUUCUAUUAUUUCCCACUGCAGCCUUUCCCUUCUCUCGCUCCUCUUGGUGUUUUGUUAUCCACCACCCAUCAUCUCUCCCCCCAACUGUCUGUCAGAGUCCUGGUUGUUCCGCUUCUGGCCUUUCUGCAUUCAUUACCUUUGUCGUUCGUCGUGAAUAAUUGCUGGUGACCCUUUUGCCAUCUCGAAUACCUUUAUAUGUCUACCUUUCCCUCUUUCUAAUCUUGCUCUUUCUUCCUCUCUUUUUCAUCGGGUUUCCUUCAUCUUGCUCGUCGUCUUGCAGCCUUUUUUCCGUCAUAGCUUGCCUUUCAACCUCUUCUUCGAAAUUGAUGUUCCUCACGGUCGCCGUCACGCUUUUUGAUGGUCACAACCUCGACACUAACUUUCCGCUAAUAAAUGCUCAUUCCAUUCGGUGUUUCCCACCACCGUGAAGUAUUG